UGGCAAUCUAAUCCGGAAUCAAGACCUAAUAUUGAACAUAGUUGGAAACCGUCUAAUCAAACAAUUGAUGAUUUCUUGAAUAUUAUUGAAGACAAUAAUCUUAAAUCUAUAGAAGACUUUCAAAAACUCGUAGAACUCCAAAAAGACUUAAAUGCACAAAUUCAAAAAGCUUAUGUAACCACAUCAAGUUUAGGUUUUUCUAUAGUGAAUACAGAGAAUGUGGAUGCAGUUGGCCAGAAAGUAGUUACAGAGAUGAAGAAUAGGUAUAACGAACUCCUUUCAGAUUCAAUUGAAUUAAAAACGAAAGAGAGAAUGAGUUGUACAGAUCUCGAAAUCCUGAUAGUUGAAAUUAAAUUAUGUUAUGAUAGAAUUAAGCAUGAUAUCGAGAUUACGGCUGGAAAUGUUAUAGAUGAAAAUAUUAAAGCAAAGCAACUCAAAAAGAUUUCCAAGAUUGAAGAAUUAAUUUAA